AUGAAGGUUUUUAUGACGGGAGCGUCUGGCUAUGUGGGGUCUGCUGUAGCCCACGAGCUACUUACUAAUGGACACACGGUCUUAGCAUUGACGAGAUCGAAAGAAGCUGCGGCAAAAGUUCAGGCGUUUGCUUCGAGCACCAAAAUAUUAGAAGGUGAUCUUGAGAAUUUGGAAGCCCUAAAAAAAGGAGCAGCAGAGUGCGAUGGUAUCAUUCAUUUGGGUUUCGUGCACGACUUUGACCAUUAUCAGGAAUGCAGUGAAAUCGAUCGUGCGGCAGUUUUGGCCAUGCUAGAUGUAAUUAAGGGAACCGACAAACCUUUCGUUUACACUAACAGCAUGCUCCAAUUGCCUCAAGGCGUGCCAAUUGAUGAGGAAGUACAACCAGCUACUUCAAAAUAUAGGGGUCAAACCGAAUCUAUUACUCUGAGCUAUAAAGAUCAAGGUGUUAGGGCAAUUAGUGUUAGGCUGCCACCUUCUGUUCACGAUAACGGAGAUGUGAAUUUCAUCCCUGCUCUCAUUGAAGUUGCUAAGAAAACCAACAAGUCCGCGUAUAUUGGGGGUGGUGAGAAUGUUUGGUCCACAGUCCAGCGCCUUGAUGCUGCUCGAUUGUAUAGGUUGGCGUUAGAAAAGGGAAAAGCUGGAAGUGCGUAUCACGCAGUAGCUGAGGAAGGGGUGAAGACCAAAGACAUCGCAACUGCCAUUGGAGAGGCUCUAUCUGUCCCUAUCGAAGCAGUGGAAGCUGCACUGGCCCCUGCGCAUUUUGGAUUUAUGGCCGCCUUUUUCACUAUGGGAGGUCUAACAUCCAGCGCUAUAACCCGGAGAGAGCUAGGGUGGGAGCCAAGGGAAAUAGCUCUUCUUGAUGAUAUUAAAACAAAUUACCUCUGA